CUCACCAACCAUAUGCCGUAAACUGGACACACCUCUCCCCGCCCUCCCGGAGAUCGUAUCUUGAUUGGAUCAAAGCAAAAGGAUGGCGGUGGGACUUUUUCACCUUUCGGUUGGUUGGACAGAGAGUUGGAGAGAGAGGGGGAGGCGGGAAAGCGAUUCCGGUUGUCGGCGGGAGUAUUUGUCCCGUUUAUGUGCGAGAGGGAUCCGCUGCUCCUUGCUGGUAGUUCGGGCGAUAAUAGAUGCCGCGGUUCUUGAAGCGGGACGGGAUGUUCUCGACGCCCGCCGGCCUCUGGUCAGAUGGAGGGGAGCUGAUGGUGUGUGAGCCGGGAGGCGUCGAGACGCCUGGCGUUCGUUCACAGACAGACUCCGCGAAGGAGGCCGUGGCCCUGCAGAGUCACGGCACGAGGCCAAGCCGGUUACUGUCUCCCACCGUCUACAGCAACCCCCGGAGUAAGAAGUGGCCGGCCCGACUCUGCUCAAUGCUGUGUUGUAUCGUUGUGAUAUCGUUCAUUGCCUUUCUUCUCGCGGUCAUGUAUUUAAUCUUCAAAGAUUUGCGCUGGGACAGAGAAAACAGUGAGGAUGGCGUUAAGACUGGCAUUUUAGGCCUUUGGAGUUCGUUGGUUUUGGCUUUGAUGGCUGGUUUGUCGUGUUGUAGUUUCUCGUGGACAUUGACGUAUUUUGAUUCAUUUGAACCCGGAAUGUUUCCACCGACGCCCCUGUCGCCUGCUCGAUUUAGGAAGUUGGACAGUGGAUUCAAUGACAUAAUCAUCGAAACAGUGUAUACUUAAAGACUUAUCUUUUGGCAUUAGCAUUUGACUGUAGGCAGAAUUGAAGUUAGCAAAAUUUUGUCAAAAUGUGAUGAUUUAUCUGCCUUACCUUAUGCGUUAUGUUUGUCACAUUCAAAUAUUUCUGUCCUUCUGAAUAUUAUGUAAGUAAUAGAGCAUAUUUUCAGAUAUACAGAUGAAUAUUUUGUCAUAGAACAUAGAACAUUACAGCGCAGUACAGGUCCUUCGACCCUCGAUAUUGUGCAGACCUGUGGAACCAAUCUGAAGCCCAUCUAUCUUGCACUAUUCCAUUUUCAUCCAUAUGUGUAUCCAAUGGCAGUUGGAUUAAAGUGUAAAAUUGUGUUUCAAACACUGAAAUUGUUUCAAGUGCAGUCAUGUUCUGAGAAUUCCACCCUGCAUGGAGAUUGAGUUUUUACUACUUCCAUCUGAAGUUCUUGAAGACUGUACAAAGUAUGUACCUGAAUUUUUGAUAUGUUCUCAUUGGGUGAAGCUUCACUGCCAAAAUAUUGAAAAAACCUGCUGCAGUGGCAGCAUCCUAAUCACUUUUAUUGCUGCUUACAUGCUGGUGAGUAUGUCUAUUUGUCUAUUGUGGUCUGUUGAGAAGUAUUCUCAGUCAUAUAAGGCAUUCAUUGUCUUGCUUAUUUCAUAGGCAGUCAGUCCAUGUGACAUUUUAGAAAUUCCCACUCGGGAAAUAGAACCGGUCUGACUCAAGAUUGGGAUACAGAUAGACUCUAACCUCACACCUUUAAUGCAUUGUCUGAGUUGAU